AUGAGCAUAGUUCUGAAACGGCUGUUGCUAUUCGUACUGAUAACUCAGUUUACAAAUUCUGUGCCCGGCGAUACGGAACCCGCACGAAACCAGUCAGUCGUUUCCCGUAUCGAAGCCCCUCAUGUUAGGGUUCAGCGCAUGCCCGACCCGUCCACUUUGGCCACCGUUCAAAAUACCAACUCAGACAUGCUUAACACGAUGGUACCACCGACACCAAUGACACUGACAAAUUGUCGUCUGCAAAUCGAGUGCGCAUCGACCGGGACAGAAACAGACAUAUCAAGCGCUGAUCCAAUAGAACCACGAGAACGUCGUAUUCGCGUCCCUGUACGAAGUGCGCAGGGUCCACGUGGACCAAUGGGACCGCAAGGAAUACCCGGCAUUCCAGGACCACCGGGGCCACGUGGACUUCGUGGUCCGCCAGGCGAAUGCAAGGGCCUUGAAAGUGAGUUUAAAUUCGGUGUUUAUUUCAGUUUGAUCAUUAAUUGUCAUUGA